UAUCUUAUAUUCCAUCAUGAUAGUUAAGUUAGCUGUAAAGGAAGUCUAAAUUGUGGAUCAACAUGUACGGGUGUAUUUGAUCUUUUUGACAUGCCAGCAGUCAAACAUCGCUAUUUCCCCAAUUAAUAUUUUUUUUAUUUUGAAAAUGAAUCUGCUUCAUGGUAUUGCACUAUUCACAUUGAUAUCAUUGAUGACCAGUGUGGACGGACAAACCAUGCUGAUAAGGAAUCAAACGUUUGCGUUGAAAUGGCAGUGUAAUAUUCCAGUUUUAGAGUCGCCUUACGGGGUGAUCGGAGGGAUCUCACUUGUCAUGUGUGCUGCUAGAUGUCUAGGGAACGGUACUCAGUGUGUUUCUUUCAUUUGGGAUAAAUCCGUACCUGCAAACGUCGCAUGUGGUCUACACAAGAUUUCGCCGGCCUCCCCCUGUCCCACAGCGAAUGUCAGCGAAACUUUCUCCUUAUAUGAAAAGGUAGAUGCCAACACAAUAUUGGGAAUAAGCACAACAACCACAGCGGAAACUACGACACAAAGCGUGCCUACAACGACACUAACUACGACACAAAGCGUGCCUACAACGACACUAACUACGACACAAAGUGUGCCUACAACGACGGUUAAUUCAUGUCAAAACUCAGGUACGUGGACUGGUGCAGUUUGUUUAUGUCCAAUAGGCUGUAGAGGAACAUUCUGUGAAAACUGCUAUACUGAUUGUUCGGAAGGAUGGAGCGACGGACUCACUGGCACCGCUGUUGUUUCUUACAUACAGCCCCUCAGUUCACCAACCGCAUUUCAAGUUUUGUGUAACUUUGACAACAGGGUCACGUACGUGCAAUAUCGUCGGUAUGGUAAUGUCAGUUUCAACAGAGACUGGCAAUCCUAUGUGGAUGGUUUUGGCGAUCUUGAGGGAGAUUUUUGGCUUGGAAACAAGUAUAUUCACCUCAUCACUGACCAGAAAUCUUAUACCUGUGGAGUGCGUUUAUAUGACGAUACUGACAUCUGGCAAUUUGAUUCAUACUCCGACUUCAAAGUAGAUUCAGAAAGCAACUUAUUUAGGAUCACAUAUACACCAUACAGCUUUGACUGGGGAAUGUCCCCUUCCGACAGCACAAAAGAUUCACGAAACCAGCCAUUCAGUACGCAUGACCGGGAUUCUACAGGAUGUGCCACAAUAGAGCAAGCUGGCUGGUGGUACAACACCGGAUGUACUAACGGAGCUAAUGUUAAUGGUGUAUUACCGUUUGAUUGGUCAUCAAUUACAGGUGUAACUAUGACUGGAUUAGGACUCUACUAAACAACAUUUCUAAUAACAGGUGUUAAUAAAACUGGAAUAGGGCUCUACCAAACACCAUUUCUAAUUACAGGUGUUACUAAAACUGAAAAAUUGAAUUUGUUAAACACCAUUUACUAAAACUGGAUAAGAACUCUACUAAACAACAUUUCUAAUUUCAGGUGUUACUAAAACUAAAAUAUGGCUUUACUAAACAUCAUUUCUAAUUACAGGUGUUAAUAAAACUGGAAUAGGACCUAACUAAACACCAUUUCUAAUUACAGGUGUACUAAAAAUUGAACAUGGCUUUACUAAACACCAUUUCUAAUUACAGGUGUUACUUAAACUUGAAUUGGGCACUACUAAAACACUUUUAUAUGUACUGGAUUUAAUUUCUUUUUAGGGAAACCGUAAUGUCACCUACUUCACAAAGAAGCCGCCGGUACCUCUUAUUGAUGCUUGAAACACUGGUAUGACUUGUCGAUAGAAAUCGCCAUAGUAUAUAUCGUAUGCUGAUUUCACUCCUCUUUCUGUGAUAAAUAUGUUGUUGUUUUUUUCUUCAUGAUUCUCAAAUGUGAUUUUGCGUUGUCUUGCAAUCAAACAUAACCCAUAUUAUCGCAUCAUUUAAUAAGGAAAUACAAUGAUGUAAUAUAAAUAAGACACGUGACAGACAUCUGUUAUUAUUGCUCUGUGUUGUAAAGGGUAUGCCAUGGCCGAAGAUGAUAUGUUUAACAUAGAAUAUAAAUACUAACUAAUUUGUAAGAGAGCACCCAUCCAUUGAUACAUAGAAUAUUAUUCUACUACAAUGUAAGUCUAGUCCUACCCUUGAUUGGGGCCGCGGUGGCCGAGUGGUUAAGGUGCCCCGACGCUUUAUCACUAGCCAUCCACCUCUGGGUUGCGAGUUCGAAACCUACGUGGGGCAGUUGCCAGGUACUGAUCGUAAGCCGGUGGUUUUACUCCGGGUAUUCCAGCUCUCCUCCACCUCCAAAACCUAGCACGUCCUUAAAUGACCCUGGCUGUUAAUAGGACGUUAAA